GCCGGGGCUGGGCCUGGCUCCGGGGCUGGGGCUCCGUCCCGCAGCAGCCAUGAGCUUCGGCUUCGGGUCGGGCGCGGCGGGCAGCGGCUUCGGUUUGGGCACACCGAAGACGACCGGCACCACGGCCACGACGGGCUUCUCGUUCUCCACGCCCGCCGCUUCGGGGGGCUUCAGCUUCGGCAGCACGGCCCAGACGCCGGCCAGCAGCCAGCCCUUCUCCUUCAGCAAGCCGGCCGCCGCCACGCAGCCCCCCAGCUUCAGCUUCGGGACGCCGACCACGGCGACUGCGGCUCCCACAACCACCGUGUUCCCUCUGGGGAUGAAUGCACCAAAGUUAAGCUUUGGAGGCAGUGCUGCAACACAAGCUACUGGAAUCGCAGGGGGCUUUGCAUUUGGUAGGUCUGCACCAACCAGCGUGGCCUCGAGUCAAGCAGCAGCCCCUACUGGCUUUGUGUUUGGAUCUGCUGGCACCACCAGCAGCAGCAGCAGCAGCACCACCACAGCUCAGUCUGGGACAACUGGAGGAUUUACUUUUUCCAGUGGUAGCACAACUCAGGCUGGCACAAGCACCUUCAACAUCGGCACCGCAGCUCCCCAAGCACCAUCCACCGGGCUGACCUUUGGGACAGCAACUGCUGCCACCACUGCUGCCACCUUGGGAACUGCAACCCAGUCAGCAGCCCCCUUCAGCCUUGGGGGACAGACCACAGGUCUAAGCUUUGGAUCAUUGACUUCAACAGCAGCCACUAGUGCACCCACAGCAACGCUGACUGCCAGUACCAGCCAGGGACCUACUCUGGCCUUUGGAAGCAAACCUGGAGUAACAUCCACAGCUGCCACAACUGCAGCCACCACCACAACCUCCAUUCUUGGCACAACAGGGCCUACCCUGUUUUCAUCUAUAGUGAGUUCUUCAGCACCGACGUCGUCUACCGCCACAGGCCUCUCACUUACUGCCCCUUCCACUGGGACAGCCAGUCUUGGAUCACUUGGCUUUGGACUGAAGGUUCCUGGAACAACAGCUGGUACAACAAGCACUGCCACUAGCACUACUACUGCUUCUGGCUUUGCUUUGAAUCUUAAGCCAUUAACUACAACUGGUGCCAUUGGAGCUGUGACUUCUGCAGCUGCCAUCACCACCACCACAGCCAGCAGUGCCCCUCCAGUGAUGACUUAUGCCCAGCUGGAGAGUUUGAUAAACAAGUGGAGCCUGGAACUGGAAGACCAAGAGAAACACUUCCUCCACCAAGCCACACAAGUGAACGCCUGGGAUCGGACGCUGAUAGAGAAUGGAGAGAAGAUUACUUCAUUACACAGAGAAGUAGAGAAAGUGAAACUUGAUCAGAAGAGACUGGAUCAGGAGCUAGACUUCAUUCUGUCACAGCAGAAAGAGCUUGAAGACUUGUUGACCCCUCUGGAGGAGUCUGUGAAGGAACAGAGUGGGACCAUCUACUUGCAGCAUGCGGAUGAAGAACGGGAGAGGACCUUUAAACUGGCUGAAAAUAUCGAUGCUCAGUUGAAGCGGAUGGCACAAGACCUGAAGGACAUCACUGAGCACCUGAACACAUCCCGAGGCCCAGCAGACACCAGUGACCCGCUUCAGCAGAUCUGUAAAAUCUUGAAUGCUCACAUGGAUUCACUGCAGUGGAUUGACCAGAACUCAGCCGUGUUGCAGAGGAAGGUUGAAGAGGUGACAAAGGUGUGUGAGAGCCGCCGCAAGGAGCAGGAGCGCAGCUUCCGCAUCACCUUUGAUUAAGAGACUCCAAGUUUAAAGGAUUGACCUAAAAAUAAUACCCCAGAGAGUCUCCUGGAUCUGGAUGUCAUAUGAUCUGGGCUUGUUGUUUUUUCCUUGCAAUAAAAUGUGGUGUUUUUUCCAUA